UCAUUUUGUUUGUCAUAACAACAUUACACUUCUAUCACACGUGCUGUAUUGUAAAUCGUAAGAAUGGAAAAGAAACCAAAAAUUCAUCUUCUCGAACAUAAGCUGAAGCAGGAUCCACACGACUAUGGACUCGCUGAUGAACCGUGGAACAUCAAAAAUUUCAAAAAGGAAUUUCAAAUCACUGUCGUCCGGAAAAGUAACAUGGAACUGGAAUUCGAUUUGAUCCACUGCUAUCCAAGUUUCGCGAACGCAUUCCGUCGUCUCAUCAUCAGCGAGGUGCCGAGCAUGGCCAUCGAAAAGGUGCACAUUUUCAACAAUACAUCCAUCAUGCAAGACGAAGUAUUGGCUCACCGACUGGGUUUGAUACCGCUGAAAGCCGAUCCACGACUGUUCGAAUACAAAUUUGAAGGGGACGAUGAAACGCAGGACAAUUGCCUUGAAUUCGAACUGAAAAUUAAAUGCACCAAAGGCAAAGACGCGCUGGCGAGUUUCGACGGUCGAAAUGACAAAGUAUUUUCGGAUCAAAUAAAGUGGUUGCCGAAAGGCAAUCAAGCCAACAUCUACAAAGACGAGGACGUCGGACCGAUUGAAAAGGACAUUUUGAUCAAUAAAUUGCGCCCUGGCCACGAAUUGGACUUGAAACUGAUCGCUGUGAAGGGGGUCGGAAAGGACCACGCCAAAUUUUCACCAGUUGCCACAGCCUUCUACCGGUUGCUGCCGGAUGUUGUGCUGACGAAGAAAGUGAUCGGCGACGAUGCGAAACGACUGCAAUCGUGUUUCAGUCCCAAUGUUAUUGGCAUCGAUGACAGGGAACGGGCGUACGUGAAAAGUGCCCGGUACGAUAUGUGCAGCCGAAAUGUGUACCGUCAUGAGGAUUUGGUGGACGCGGUGGAGAUGUCUCGGAUUCGGGAUCACUUCAUUUUCACCAUUGAAUCGGUUGGUGCGAUGAAGCCGGAAGACAUAUUCGUGGAGGCUGUCAAAAUCCUGAAGGAGAAAUGCCAGAAACUGUUGAAGGAAAUACAACCGAAAACGUGAAACGCUUGA